AUGGAGACCAAUGCGCAGUAUGUACUUGACGACAGCGAAGCAACGGCACCAGCCUGGGCAGCUCGUAUCCGUCUCACGCCCGAACUGCUGGAUAAACUUCGCCAGAUGCCAGAUAAUGUUCGGCUUCAAUUGAAUGUAACCCAAAGAGAUGUACCUUCUACGAAUUGUGGCAACAGCAAGAAGACGAGUCUAAUGACGGUCAGGCUGGUAGACACAGAAGAGCAGUACGAAUUACUUUCGUUUCCCGAGGACCCAGGCAUUAACCACGUCUGCACCUUUCGUCAACGAGUAGCUGAAGAAUCUGCUGGUGGCUAUGAUAUUUACAAGACGGGUGCAAUUUAUCAGAAGCUGCUGGUUCAACGGCUGCUGGACGACACGGAGAAGGACCGUAUCAAGGACAAGCACGCCCAGUCCGUGCUUGCAUCCAAGUCGCGCUCUUCAAAGUUAAUCGACUCCAAGCUGGAACAACCUACAAAACGGCAGAGAAUUGGAACGAGAUCAUUGAGUGUUCGGACCUCGAAGACGUCGACGGGUAGCAGCGCGUGGUCCAAAGUGGGGGGACACAAGAGGACUAAAAAGUUGGUGCUGCCUUCUGCAUUGACUACGGAAGAAGCUAUUGAAGCUAAAGAAAAAAUUGAGAAGGGGUUUGAAAUUGAGAUGGGGGUGCCAGUGGUUGCAACGAAGGAAAAGACUUUUGAGUACAACGCACAAGACGAUGAUAAAGUGGAAGUUUCUACCGCGGUCGUCCGUAAAAGAUCUGCUGCUGUUGUUCGUGAUGCGGAUUUUCACGCCCUUUUUUCAUCAGAUUCAGAUGAUGAAGAUGGUGGAGUCAGCGCGCUGCGAGAUCAAAAGAAGACGACAGCCGCAAAAGUGAAAAUCAACCGGAGCGCUGCGAUAGCAAAGGAAAAUGAUCAAAGUGAAAACAAGUUAGCGAGUAAAGCAAGAGAAAAUGAGACCACAACUACAGUUUUGGAUACUACCAAGCAAGUAAAGGAGUCGUUAAACGUUGUGAAUGCAAGUGGUGCUGCCGUGGAAGUUAUAAAAUUAGAGGUGAACGACGAAAAUGUGAUUCAAGACAAAGAAAGUAGUGGGGCGAUGGGUAUAUAUGCUUUGAAGCCUAUUGAAGCGUCUACUUCUGAAGUCGAAGUUAAGCGUGCUCGCGUGCGGUCAGCUCUUGUGUCCGAUCGAAUGAAACAGUCUCGACUACCGGACCUGUCAUUUUUUCCACCUGUAGUUGUAGAGAUCUGUCAGCGGGUAGCACACUACCGCGGUCGAUCGGUGAUCCUUGACGAGGGCGACUACGACUUAUUCGUGGAGACACAUCAGCAUUUUUGGCACGAUUGGGAGAUGCUGGAUAAGGCGUAUUCAAUUGAGAUGAUCAAGACAGAAGGGCUGCAUUUGCAACUGGAAAUGGACAUAACGGACAUUAAUCACAAGGAAUUGGAAGCGAGGAUACAAGCAUCCUUGAGCAAGAAAGAGGGCCUGCUUUUUGUGCGAGACGUCAUGGCAAGUAUCCAGAAAAUAUUGCUCCGCAUCCAGACGUCUAUUGAUCGCUACGAUUUGAACCUGCCUAAAUCGAAAUAA